AUGGCAGUAGAGUCAAGCACAGACGCUUCUUUGGUUUCACGUUGCAAAAGAAGAAAAGAAAACCCAGAGUAUCCGAUUCAGUCUCCAUGUCGCAAGAGAAGAAUAAAACAUCCUGACGAACCAGAACCAGAACCAGAACCAGAACCAUCCUAUGAAUUCAUCAACAAACUCCCUGAUGCUAUAUUGUUCGAGAUUCUUUAUCGACUCCCUUACCGAUCUGCUUUCAAGUUCAUGUCCGUCACCAAGCGCUGGCUUUCUCUUAUUUCUCAUCCUUACUUUGUUAGCCGCUUCAUUCACCACCGCCACCAGUUAGGUAAGUCAGAUUCAGACCCCUUUACUCUUCUGUUGUAUUAUACACCACCAGAUAUCCAGGUUCAUCCACCGAAGAAUAUUUAUGAGUUUCGUAUCAAGUCAUCAUUCAACGACUUGUUGCUGGUAUACCGCGAAGUUCCAGGGACUACAAGGAAGCCAGGCUUUUGCAAGUACUACAUCUUCAAUCCAUUUACCAAACAAUGGCUCAAGCUCCCUCGUAUUCCACUCCUGAGAGAGAAUACAUCCGUUAGAGUCGGCUUUAUAUGCGAUCCUUAUAGGUGUGACAAAGAGCAUGGGUGUUUUACAAAUGUGCAUUACAGAUACAAGGUGGUACGCAUUCAUUCUCCCACUCAAUCCGAUACUACUCAGUUAUAUAUGGAGAUCUUUUCUUCUGAGACUGGUGAAUGGUGCCACUCAAUUGUUUCGUCGCCACGGGGAUUGAACCCCUUCACAUCUAAGGUCGUGCAUGCUGAUGUUGUUACCUGCAAUGGGAUGCUUCAUUGGGCGGAUACAGAAGUAGAUGGAAUGAUCAAAGGCUUUGUGGUUUUCGAUCCAUUCAACGAUGCAGAACAAUGCCAUUAUAUCAAUUUACCUAUACCCCAUUUGCCUCCAGAUGAAUUCUUCUUUGGAGUGUGCCAAGGGCGCCUUCGGAUAUUCCAGCGUCCUUGGCAUCUAUACUACCCUGGUAGUUUCAAAUUUUUAAUUUGGGAACUAGAGGACUAUGGUAAUGAAGGUACAUGGUGCAGAAAACAGAGAGUUUAUCUCAAUAACUUGGAAAAUUCUAAGCUUGUUAAGUUAGCAAAGAAUUUCAGUUAUUCCAAGUUGGAUUUUCUAGCUUUUCACCCAAAGGAUGGUGAAAUUUUCUUCUUUAAAUUCCCAGAUUACAUUGUCCAGUGCAACUCGAGGACUAGGGUAUUGGAAGUAGCCCGCAAACUAAAAUGUACAGAUGUCUCUUUGUUUCUACUUUCGCGACCAUUGUGGCCAACUCCGGUUCCGUCUCUCCCAUUUGAACUUGAAUGCCCUCCUAACUGUUAG